AUGUCUCAAGGUUAUAAGAUCCUCGGUCGAACAGUUAAGCCUCAUAUCCUAGCUGUCGCAACAGUCGCAACUAGUGCAGGGGUGGUUGCUUAUUUUAGUAGGAAAUCACCAGAACCUUCUAAACCAGUAGAAAGUGCGGGACCUACAAGCAGUGGCAAGAGCAUCAAUGAUGAGUUUAAUAUUGAGGAAGCGUUAAACGAUUAUUUGAAGGAGGAUGGUGACAAAAUAUUAAAAAAAUAG